CGCAGUGUCCAGUAUGGUAUCAGGUGAUCCACUAACUACAGAGCGUAGGCUGACUGGUGAAAAAUGCAAAAUGACAUAUAGCAAAUGUUGGAGCAUAAUUCAUUCACCUUUUCGGAUCAAAAUUUGAAUUUAAUCACACCACUGGAGCUCCAAUGUAACGAUCUCGUGCUAGACCUGGUACGUGAAGGUGGAUUUUUGUAUAUUUAAAUUGAUGAAAUACCACAUUUGCAGAGGAAAAAUAUUGGCCACACCAACAUGGGGCUGUGCUACAGUUUGCGUCCCCGGCUCUUCGGGGACUUGAGUGGGUCUAUUUCGAACGCUACCUCGGACUCGGAUCAGCCGCCAGACCCAGCUGUACCUUGCCGAGCCGGGGGAGCUCGUCAAGAGGACACAGGGGGUUAUGGCGAUACCUCGUCGCUCCGAGACGGUAGCAGCCAAGUACGCCAUGGGGACCCAGUCAAGCUCCCGCCCAGGGAACCCCGCGGUAGAGACAACACGGGCACCGAUGUAGGGCUCAUACAGAACGGGGGUGGAGGCGGAGUAGGCAAGGGAACGGGCAAGGACCGUAGUCGACGAUUACAACUGCUGCAGAAAACAACCAGCACCCAAAAACAGAAAAACUGGGACAAACUGCUAGUGGAGGAGAAGGAGGCCGAGAGGGAGGCGAAAAAAAUCAGCAAGAACAUUGACAGGGCGCUAAAGGAGCUCAAACGGGAAUACAAACAGACUCAUCGGCUGCUAUUACUGGGUGCUGGAGAGUCCGGGAAAAGUACUAUUGUGAAACAGAUGAGGAUUCUACACGUCAAUGGUUUUAAUGCAGAAGAAAAGAAACAGAAAAUACAAGAUAUUCGGAAAAACGUGAAGGAUGCGAUAGUGACGAUAGUGUCAGCCAUGAGCACCUUGAUACCCCCAGUCACUCUAGCCAACCCCGAAGACCAGUUCAGAAUCGAAUACAUCAAAAGCAUAGCUCCUCUCUCGGAUUUUGACUACACACAGGAGUUCUUUGAUCAUGCCAAGAAGCUGUGGGAUGACGAGGGAGUGAAGGCGUGCUUCGAGAGAUCCAACGAGUACCAGCUCAUCGACUGUGCACAAUAUUUCCUGGACAGAAUUGACUCAGUAAGACAAGGAGACUACACUCCCACAGACCAGGACCUGCUACGAUGCAGAGUGUUAACUUCAGGGAUAUUCGAGACGCGAUUCCAAGUGGACAAAGUCAACUUUCAUAUGUUUGAUGUAGGUGGCCAGAGAGAUGAGAGGAGAAAAUGGAUCCAAUGCUUCAAUGAUGUGACUGCUAUCAUCUUUGUGGUUGCCAGCAGCAGCUACAACAUGGUGAUAAGAGAGGACAACAACACCAACAGGCUACGGGAAGCCCUGGAUCUCUUCCGCAGCAUCUGGAAUAACAGGUGGUUACGCACUAUAUCGGUCAUAUUAUUUCUGAACAAGCAGGACAUGUUGGCUGACAAAGUAUUAGCUGGGAAAUCCAAAAUUGAAGACUACUUCCCUGAAUAUUCUCGCUACACCAUACCACAUGAAGCGACUCCUGAACCUGGCGAAGACCCAAAAGUAACAAGAGCUAAGUUUUUCAUCCGAGACGAGUUCCUGAGGAUCAGCACAGCCAGUGGAGAUGGCCGACACUACUGCUACCCCCACUUCACCUGCGCUGUGGACACGGAGAACAUCAGGAGGGUCUUCAACGACUGUCGAGAUAUUAUUCAGAGGAUGCAUCUGAGGCAGUACGAACUCUUGUGAUCGGAUGGACAGACACACACACACACACACACAGUACAGACACAAACACAGCUCCAUCAAGCCUUCUGGGAUUUUAUUCAACCAUUCUGCAUCCUCAACCCAAAAAAACAACCCGCCCCUUGUCCCGCCCCGUGUCCCGCCCCGUGUCCCGCCCCCUGU